CAGCCCGGCCCCGCCGAGCGCUCGCCCCGCCGCGCCCGGGUCCCGACUUCCCCUCCGGCCCGGCCCGCAAAGCCCGCGCGCCCCCCCCGGCCGGCCGCCGCUCGGCCCCGCCGCGCUCGCAGAGGCCGCCAUGCGGCCCGCGCGCUGGCUCGCGCUGGGCAGCCUCCUCGCCCUGGCCGCGCUGCUGGAAGGCCGGCUGGUGGGCGAGGAGGAAGCCGGCUUCGGCGAAUGUGACCGCUUCUUCUACGCCGGGACCCCGCCAGCGGGGCUGGCGGCCGAGGCCCACGUGAAGAUCUGUCAGCGCUCCGCGGGCGCGGAGCGCUUCGCCACCCUGUACAGCAGCCGGGACCGCAUCCCCGUGUACUCGGCGUUCCGCGCGGCGCGCCCCGCGGCUGGCGGCGCGGAGCCCCGCUGGCUGGUGGAGCCGCAGAUUGACGAUCCCGCCAGCAACCUGGAGGAGGGGACUGAUGAGACUGAUGCCAUCGCCUCCGUGAACAACCUGGGGAGCAAGCAGGCCCUGAGUGCAGAUUACGUGGAUUCUGAUUACCAAAGAGGACAGCUGUUCCCGUUCUCCCUUGGCAGUGAUUUCCACGUGGCCACGUUCGCUCUCACAAAUGCAGCUCCCAUGACCCCGUCCUUCCGGGAGCGGUGGCACAUGAAUCUCAACAGCCUAAUGGACCGCGCCCUGGGCCCUCAGUGUGGCGGUGGGGAAGACCUGUAUAUCCUCACAGGCGCUGUGCCCUCAGACCAGAGAGUUCAUGGCAAAGUGACCGUCCCUGCGUUUGUUUGGCUGGCAGCCUGUUGUGCCGUCCCUGGCAGCGGCUGGGCCAUGGGCUUUGUCAAGCACACCCGGGACGGUGACGUCAUAGAGGACGUGAUGGUGAAAGAAUUGGAGAAACUGCUUCCGUUUAACCCUCAGCUGUUCCGGGACAACUGCGGCGAAACCGAGCAAGACACGGAGAGAAUGAAAAAAAUCCUGGAAAUGGUUAACCAGGUCCAGGACGAAGAGCGAGCGGUGCAAUCGGAAGAGGGCGCUAGUGCCCGCUCUAGCGCAAAGAGCGAGAGAUCUGCUCUGCUACCCCCAGAGGCCUCUGAGGAGAGGAGUAGCUUUUGGGGCAAGUUUAUGGGCCUGCUCGUGACCCCCGUCAUCAAGCUUUUCCAGUUACUUUAUUAUCUUGCAGUGGGGAUCUUGAAGAACAUUAUGUACCUCCUGUGGUUUGUUACCAAGCAAGUGAUUAAUGGCAUAGAAAGUUGCCUUUACCGCCUGGGUUCGGCCACCAUCUCCUACUUCUUGGCCAUUGGGGAAGAGCUGGCCAGCAUUCCCUGGAAGGUACUCAAAGUCAUGGUCAAAAUCAUCAGGGCCGUUCUGCGGAUCCUUUGUUGCCUGCUCAAGGCCGUUUGCCGCGUCCUGGGCAUUCCCGUCCGAGUCCUUGUGGAUGUGGCCGCUUUCCCUGUGCACACCAUAGGCGCGGUUCCGAUUGUGUGCAGGGACAUUGCAGUGGGCCUCGGUGGCACUAUCUCUUUGCUCUUUGACGCCGCUUUUGGUACUAUGGGUGGCCUGUUCCAGGUUUUUUUUAGUAUCUGCAAGAGGAUUGGCUAUAAGGUUACUUUUGACAAUUCUGGGGAGUUCUAGAACUCAAAAAAAAACCAGUCAUGUCCAGUUACAGUGAAUUUGAUUUUUUUUUUUUUUUAAGUAGAGAAAGCUGGAAUAUUUUGUCUUUGCAAUGGGUUUCUGUUCACUGUCAAUUACCACUCUAUUUUGAGCGUUGGUAGGGGUAUUUGCAUGUUUUUGCAAAGGAAGAUGGUAUAAUUUAGACUUGACCUAAGGGAAAGGUUGAGGCUGGGAUUAUGUGUAGGACAUCUGUGUGGUGUGGGCAGACUUCCAAAGCAUUAGAAUCUUUAUUCACUCUGCUAUGGGUGGACCACCUGAGAUUCUCUGGUGUUCAUUUGUGAUAACUAAGAAUUACAGAGGAGGGAAGAAUUAGAAGGCAACUUGAAUCCAAAGAGUUUUGAAGCAAAGGAGAAAGGAAUCUUGUUUCCGUUCUUCUCUGAGACUUGAGGGCAAACCGCUAGAGAUGCUGUGGAUUGAUUUCGUUUUCAUUUGCUUCUCUUUCUCUCUAACUCGGCUGACCUCGGGAAUGUGCAGACAUGGUCCCCUGCUGAAAUCACUUUCUUAGGGCUAAAGAAUUUGCUCUAUCCCUUAGCUUUCCAUGGCUUCCAAGGACCCGUAAGGUUGUUUGUGUGUUUUUUUUUUUUUCUUCCAAAGAUGAAUUUUGCUGCAUUUUUCUUUUAGGUAACGGUAAGCAUGUUAUGUUAAAUGUGGCAUAACAGAGUUUGAAUGUAAGGGCGAAAUUUUUUCGCCCUUUGAACAGUGUAGUACAGUCCUCUCAGGUGUGAAGAAGAGAAUGCAAGGGUCGGAGCCCUGCUCUGAGUAGGUGCCACAGGUCUGAGAACAUCCUUAGCCAGGCUUGGAUUAACUUGAUGUAGAUUAAAUUUCUGGCUGACAAGAAUGGGCCCAAAGACUGACAUGUUAAGCUAAUAUGAAAAUCUGUAUUCCUUAAUAUUCUAGAUCAGGCUUUGUUAUAUAUCAGGCAAGUACCCCAUUACCAUAAAGCACUCAGACCUCUGUCCUUAAAUGAUUGUUUUGGUUGAAGUGUAUAUAAAAGAGCCACAAAAGAAAAACUAUUCUAGCUAUAAUUCCAUAUCCGUAUAUAUCUAAGUUUAUAUACAUAUAAACUUGAAUAAGAAUCACUAUGUCUUAGGAAAUAAUUUUUUAGUGUGUUUGAGGCUAGAAAAGUCUCCCAUUAAUGCAAGUUUGGUUUGAGAGCUAAUCCCUAUUUUUUUUUUUUUUUAAUCAAGCACUUGUCAUUUUAAAUCAUGCCCUGAAAGAGAAAGCAGUAUCUUCCAAACUUUGCUCUGCCAUCCACAGCUGAGCUGGAACCAUCUGGAUUUUUCUGAAUGUUCUAAAGAGUUGCCGUGAGGUAGAAAGGGGCCAAGUGUAAAAUGCUGAUCUUGGGAGUGCAGGGUACCAUUCAUCUGAAAGUUAGUUGCAAACACCUGGGAUCCAGAAAGGCAACAAGGAGAGAAUAAUGGGCUAGCUGGUCAGUAGACAAGAAAUGUGAGUGUAGUGACUUACACUUUGCUGAAAAAUAAUUGAAUUGCACCCAGUAGAAGCGUAGCUCUCCUGACCAGUUGGCGGUACAAUGUUGGGGAUUACGAACACCGGACUAGUCCAUGAUAGGGGGAUAUGCACUAGAUUUAUCCAAGAAUCUUGAGCAGUAGUUUACCAACACUUCUGUUCGUGAAUGUGAACAUCUGUAGUUGGGCUCCCCUUUAUUUCAGCGGCGUGGAGGUGCACGCCUUGGUAGUAAGGGGUGAGGGUUUGCCUUGGUACUAUGGGAUCAAGAAUCCUGCUGGCAGAAGGGAAGGGAAUCUACGAAGUAACAAGAGAGAUGGUCUGGCCAAACCCCGAACUGAUGAAGAAACCCAGGCACAGGGAGGGGCCAGGUUUGCCUUUAGUUUCUUUGCUAGCUGAUGAGAGACCAGGAGCCAAGGUCUUUUGUACCUGUCUUGCCACACCUGGGAUGUCAGAUAAUGUGUGCGUGUGUGUUACUACUCAGCUGCCUCCUUGGACCAUUGGCAGGGCUUUCUCCGUCAUCCAUCAACCAGAGUCUAGGCCCUGACUCAUCAACGGGAUUCAGCCUAUGUGAUGAAAUGAUUAGCCGUCCAUGCACAGCCUCAUGCUUACUGCCUCCCGCAGAAUCUGUAUUCCCUCACGGUAUAUAUUUGCAUACCGACAAGGCCCAAAGGGGGCAUCCGUGGCAGCUUGAGCCUCUUGGCACCAUGCAAGGAACAGGGCAUCCAAACUGCUUCUUGAGAGCCAUUUGGAAAUGGCUCCUUUCUCAUCUGUAGUUGUUUAGUGUCUUAUUUAUUUAUUCUUGUGUGGCCUUUUGUGAAAUCUGGGAAUGAAUAAUAAAGCGAAAUACAUCCUUAAGGUUAGGUGGCCGAGACCCUCCAGUCUGGACCGCGAGGGUUGGCUGUGCCUCUCGUUUACCGGAGCUGGCUCUAGCAGGUGGUUGGAUUGCUGACCUUGCCAACCAAGCUACUUUGGGCUUUGAGAUGAGAAUUUGAGGGGUGACUCCGGAUCGAUGAACCCUGUCUCUGGCUUGAAGACUUUUCUGUGGCUCUGUUAUAUUCUCAGGCCCACGAGAGGUCAGCCAACUCUUCCUCAUUAUGGAGCUAAUUUUCUAGUCUGUGGAUCAGCCACGCCUUUGGACACCCCUGUUUUCCAUUGUGCCUUUUGAAUGUUGGCUUCUCACUCACCAUCAGCCCUUCCACCUCCAUGCAGACCAGCGAGUUGGGAGAAGGAACUAGAAUGAAGCACUCGUCAUUCAGUCAGCCGUUCAUGUGUCAAACAUGCAUUUUUGAACAUCGAGGUUGCAGAGUUGCAGAGAUCAGCGAUACACGGAUCCCAUCUUGGAGGAGUUCAGGAAUCUAGUGGAGGAGAAUACACGGUACAAUGGAUAACCUGUAACAUAUCAUGGCUGGUGCUGCAGUGAACGUGCCCCCUGGAGCACAGGAAGAAAGCCCCCAAAACCAUGGAAAUUAGGGAAGCCUUUCUGGAGGGUGUGACAAAAGCCAAUUGGACAUUUUCAAGCUAUGUACAAUGCUGUGCACCUUGCAAUGCUCAAUAAAGUAAUUACUGACAACUCA